GGGAGAGUGACGUCACUUUCCUAAACCGGGCAACAGCCGUUGAGUUGAGUCCCGAGCGAGAGACAGGCAGGAGUCCGUGAACAACUUUUAAUGUAUGCGGGCCGUGUCGGGCCAGUGUGUCGGGGCGCACUGUUUUCUCCUCCUUUAUGCAUCCUCCUCCUGCUCGGCUCAGCUUAGGUUCGCUGUUUUCUCACCGGUUCGGUAGCGAAUCUGUUUUUGGCACAAAAAGCGGUGGUGUGUUAGUUUCUUUUAUGUGUCCAGUCCUCCUGCGACCCCAACACAAAGCUGGCCUUGACUGAGUGAUUGAGCGAGUCACUGCAUGGAUCGGACUGAACAUGAAGAGCCUUAAAGCAAAGUUUAGAAAAACCGAUGUCAAUGAGUGGAACAAAAACGAUGAGCGCCUGCUUGCUGCGGUGGAGCAUGGCGAGGUGGAAAAGGUGGCCUCGCUUCUUGCCAAAAAAGGUGCCAGCGCUGUAAAGCUGGACACUGAGGGCAAAUCAGCUCUUCAUGUGGCAGCUGCACGUGGACAGACAGACUGCCUAUCUGUCAUCCUGGCCCAUGGAGCUGACUUGUCAUUCACUGAUGCUGCAGGUUUCAAUCCGUUACAUCUGGCUGCCAAAAACAAUCACACUGAAUGCUGCAAAAAGCUCAUUCAGAGUAAAUGUCCUAUUGAUGCUGUAGACAGCUCAGGAAAGGCUGCUCUACAUCACGCUGCUGCCAGCGGGAACAUCCAGACCAUUCAACUGCUGUGUGAACUCAAAAGUCCCAUCAACCUAAAGGAUGCAGACGGACUCACCCCUUUGCUGUUGUCAGCCAAACACGCUCAUGCUGAGGUGUGCAGCACUUUGCUGGACUGCGGCGCUGAAAUCAACACUUCUGACAACAGCGGCAGGACAGCCUUGAUGCUGGCCAGUGAGUCUAACGCCGUUUCUGUUGUCGAAGUAUUGGUUCAGCGAGGAGCUGAUCUGUCAGCUGUAGAUUCACAAGGACAUGAUGUUGUACACUAUGUCAAGCUAUUGGGCAACUCUGAGGUCAAAACUGCUCUCACUGCUGCACUGAACAGACAACAGGUCUCAGAUACAAAGUCUCCUACAAGUCCUCAGGUAACACUCCAGUCUGUGUUUUUCAAUAGAGACAGAGCCCAUUUAAGCCCCACCCCCACCGGAGGAGAAAACAACUCUCCGCUCUCUAUUGACUUGUAUUGCGUUAAGAGCUCUGGACCCUCUUCUCCUUCAGUCCUUACCUCUGCUGGGACCCCAGGAUCUAACAAAAGUGACACUCCCAAAAGAUUCUACUACAAGGAGGAUGAGUUGGUUAGAGGAACGACACUGAGAGAGGAGGUCGAGAAGCUCCAUGAGGAGAGAAACAUGUUGCUGGAGACAAUCGAAGACCUGAAGCAGUCGGUGGAGCAGACGGCGACCGGUGCCGAACUGGAUACAAAGGUUGAGCACAGUUUUACAGCAUCUGCAGCUCUGGUUUCUGCUCUUCAAGCCAAGAUUAACGCUCUGACUUUGGAGAAUCAGCAACUUGCAAGCAAACUCAAGAAACAUCCGUCCCUUCAAGGAAGUGAGGAACUAAAGGACACCAGUCGCCCAAACAGCAUGGCCUCCAACUCCUCCUUCCACUCCACCCAGGAUGAGUUUGAUUCACCGCCACAAGUGGAAAGGGAAGACGGUUCAGGCAGCGUUUCUGUCAGACGGGAGGAAGAAGAGGGUGAAGGAGGGAGAGGAGGGAGCAAAGAGGAGAUCACACUGUUGCGACAGGCGCUAGAGAGUGUUCAAGUGAAACUGCUGGAAACCAGGAAGGAAAACCGCUCGCUUCAGGCCCAGCUGAAACCUGAGCGAGGCAGAGAAAGAGAGGAGGUAGAAAGCGUGGGUGAGAAAGGAAGAGAGGAAGAGUUGAUGGAGAGUCUCGCGGAGCUUCAGGCAAAGCUGACAGACACUCAGGAGAGGUACCACCAAGCUGUGGAGGAGGUGGAGGAGCUGAGGGUGCAGAUGGGAAGAGGAGGAGGUGAGCUGAUGGAGAAACAGGAGGUCCAGAAACAUACAUCAUCCACACUUGAACAUGAAGUGAACCAGCUGAGGGCCCUGCUCAUCCAAUCAGGAUCUGAGCAGGAAAAAGCAGCUGAAAGAAUCCGACAGCUGGAGGGGGCGCUGAGUAAGGUGGAGGCGGAAAGACGGUGCGUAAAGGAGAAGGAACAGAAGAAAGCACAGAUUGAGGAGCUGUACAACGAAGCACAAGAGGAGAUUAGGAUACUCCAGGAGGCUCUGAGGGGCACAGUGCCAGUUGAAGCUGCAGCCAAAGACUUUGAAGAAAUGAAAGCUGAGCUAAAUGAGGUAACUGCUGGGCUGCAGCGCCGCUUGCUGGAACUCUCACACUCCUACAGUGAAACCAAGAGUCAGCUAAGUGCUGCACAGAAACAGCUGGCUGAGAGCAGUGCAGCCUCAUCUCCCUCCUCAGAACAGCAGCAGGUCCAGGUGCUGAGCAGCAAGGUGGAGGAGCUGCAGACGUUGCUAGCUGAGACAGAAAAGAAGCACUCGGCUGCUCAAGAGGAGAUUUCACUGCUGAGGCAGGAGGCAGAAGCUCAGGCACAGAGCUCUGUGACCCUCGCUGACCACACACAGGUGAUGUCAUCUCUGGGAAAUGCCAUCAAAGAGUUGGAAAGCCAGUCAGAGGCCCUGAAAGAGCAGCUACACCAGAAAAUCUUGCAAGUGGAGGCCCUUCAGAACAGGCUGACAGCAGAGAAAGAUGUCACCCCGGAUGGUUCAGUCUCCCGCUUGGAGCAUGAGACCACACGAGAGCAACUGGAGGGUGAGGUGAACCGCCUGACGCAGCUCCUCCAGGGGGCCCUCAGGAAGCAGGACGAGAUGGCUCUGGAGGCUGCUGAUGCCUGGCAGAAGGCACGGGAGAAUCAUGCAGAGUGGGAGGCCCUGCAGGAGCUGGUGAUGUCGAGGGAGAAGGAGAAGCAGACGCUGACCACCAGGCUGGCUGAGUCCCAGGAUGCUGUGUGUCAGCUCAAACAGCUGGUGGAGAACCACGUUGCCUCAGAGAGAGAGAAGAACAAGAGGAUAGAUGACCUGUCACGGGAGGUGGGGAAGCUGAAAGAUGCCUUAAACAGCCUAUCACAGCUCUCCUAUAGCUCUGGUUCUCCCUCUAAGAGACAGCAGCAAAGCCAGCAGCUGGAGACGAUGCAGCAACAAAUCAAACAACUACAGUACCAGCUAGCUGAGUCGAAGAAGCAGCACCAUGAGAUAGUCUCAGUCUACAGGAUGCACCUCCUCUAUGCUGUCCAGGGUCAGAUGGACGAGGAUGUCCAGAAAGCCUUGAAGCAGAUCCUGAUGAUGUGCAAGAUGCCAAGCCAAGCCAAGGAGGCCUGCUAAGACCCACUGGGCCUGGUUUCCCAAAAGCAUGUUGUGAACGAAAAUGGGAAGUGAAUUGCUGCUGUCACCACACGUCCUUCCAUCUGAAUUCACACGUUGCUUGUGCUAUGUGCCAACACAUAGUGCCUCUGGAUAAACCUUGAGUAUUUGUUAAUGAGGAACAGGUUUACAAUCACGUUCAUUGCCUUUGCUAAUGUCAUUUUAACCGACCUUGAUCUAAAGGUCAUCAAUCUUAUUAUGGAAGAUGUUUUUGGGAAACCUCAGCCCAGCAUACAGAUAUUGUACAUCAGCCAACAAAUGAAUGAGUGUACCAAGUGGUUCCAGCCAAACGUAUAAUCUCAGAAUGUGCAUGUUAACACUAAACUGUCAGUGUGCAGUAACCUUCAAUCACAUGCAGUUGAACAAGCGUGAAAUGCAAACAUAUAUGUACUCUGACAUAAACAUACAUGUGCGCACUAAUCUGAAAACAGUGAGUUUGAUGUGGUUGGUUUUCUGUUACAAUGUGCGCUUAGAGAAAUAGACUUAGUUGGCACUGCUGUUGCAAGUAUUUUUUUUAAGAUACAACAGUGCUAGUAUUAUUUUACAUGUUGUCUAAAGGUUUCACGGUUGUCAACAUGUUCCUGUUACAAUCUAAAUUAUUUGUGUCCUCUUAACAAUGCAUGUGACUUUGCUCAACGCCAGCCCAAAAAUCACAUAGAAAUGUUUUUGUGGUCGCACUUCUAUGAAGAAAAAGCUCAAUACUGUUUGUAUUGCUAUUUUCCCGUUAGCACAAACAUUUAUAAAAAAAUAUGUAUUUUACUGAAUUGUAUUACCAUGCCAUGUUUUCUAAAAUACUGUACUUUAUUGAAGAGGUUUGAUAGCUGUAUUUUUGAUGGCCUUGUUUUGUGUGAAUGAAAUUUCUUUUUCCUUGA